UUUUAUUAAACAAGCUAGUAUACCAUAAGUCAAGAAUGCGAUUUUAUUGAUCUUACUACUAAUAUUGCCAAUGAUUGUAAUGUGACACUCUCUAACGGAUACAGAUAUGAAGAAGAUGUUAAUCCCCGCUGUAAUACUGGUGGUAUUAACAGCCAGUUUGAUGAAAAUCAUGAUUCUGACCCGGAAGAAUCAAUGAUAACUUCGCCCAGUAAAGAAAGACAUGAAGAACGAACGUUAAUCGCUAUUCAAGGCUUUAAUCACGAGCUUUAUGAGGGAGCCGAGUUUGACAGCAUAGAGUCUAUUCGUGCUGCAGUAACAAACUACGGUGAAAAGCACAAUAUCGCUAUAGUGACUUUCAGAUCUUCUUUAAAAAGGCAAACUAUAACAAUGACUUGUAAGCACAGUAAAGACUAUCGUAACCAUCGCAAUAAAGAAGAACUGGAAAGAAGGAAAGAAGCAGCACAGGAUAGUUCAGCUAAAUAAAGCUGCUGCUAAUAAACAAGCGGUACUUUGAAAGGUGG